GAAAUAUUGUGCUUUUACUAACUCUAUAUGGAUCUGUGAACUAUCACAAUGUUCUAUGCGAUGUUGCGGCGCGGGUCGAUGGCCAUGGCCGGCGGCGGCGAGCCGUUGAUCGUCGUGGAGGAGAGCGGCGCGGAGGAGGCUGAGGCCCGCCCGCCCGUCACCUGCCGCGGCUACUCCGAGGACACCGAGUCCCCCCCGGACCCCUACCACCUGUCCCCCUGGAGAGAGACCAGGAAGCACUCGCUGCCGACGCCGUCUUGUACUUCCGGACCUACCGCUAGUCAGGUGCGUCGUUUAUCAGAGCGGGGCGAGGGUGCCGCUAAAGAGGCGCGCGAGGCCGCCUUCCUCGCCACACUCAGCCAGGCGCCGCCGCAGCCCGGCGGACGAAGACAUUCCGUAGUAACAAUAUCGAGAGUGCCCCAGGCACUUUUCGGGCGAGGCAGGCGGGAAUCGAUCGCGGCCUUCCCGGCCCUCGGCUACCGGAGGGACUCCAUCACUAAAAAAUGUCCGCCGGCGACCGACACCCUCGGCAGCUCCCACAAUCUCCAACUGGACAUAAUGGACGACAUAGUCCAGGCGCGCAAGGUCCGCAUGCGGCUCUGGAACACCUCCAACGAGAGGGUCUGCGAGGUGCAGCCGCUGGACGAGAAGUCCCCCAUGAGCGGGUCGGUGCGCUACACGAACCGCGGCCGCCGGCACUCCGACUUCAUAGGGGCCCCGCUGCCGCCCAUUCCGGCCCGGCGGCGCGCCUCCGAGAUGCCCCCGCCGCCACCCAUCCCGCCGCGGACCGGCGUGGGCGUCGUCUGCACCGACACCGAUCUCAAGCUCAUGCUGAACGCGCUCACGUCCUCGGCCACCGAGAUAGACCGGUGCGGGAACCCGGAGCGGACGCGCCGCUUCGCCGACAUGCGCUCCAGCAGCUUCGACGCCACGUCUCUGAAGGAGAAGCUGUCCGAAUCGGGCGCCACGUGGUUCGUGCGGCGGCACCAGACCCUGGCUACGAAGAAGAAGGAGAACGAAACCAAAAAACCGAAGGUGACGUUCGCCCCGGACUCGAAGGCGGCGCCCGGCGACACCGCGGCGGUGGUGUGGGACAAGCCCUCCGGCUCGGUGGUCGACGCGAGCGCGCUCGGGAGCGCCAUAGAAGUGUUUCUAAGGAAGAGCAGCGGCGGGAGCCCCGGCCCGUCGACCUCGGCGGCCGGGGUGGCUAAGGACACCGUAAGGAAGGAGGCGGAGGUCCGGCCCAGCACGAGCCGGGCGGCGACGCGCGACUCGGAGCGGUGGAUAUCGACCAGGCCGGACGAGGAGGCCGCGGAGGGCUGCGACGCCUCGCUGUGCUCGUCGCUGAAGGACCUUUUCGUGUAAGCGCAGGUCGUAUUUGAGUCUUAUAAAUAUGAAAUAUUUAGAUGUCGAGUACUGAUUUUUCUCCGGUGGUGAAUGGAAGGCGGCAGAUUUGGAGUUCGUGAAUCUGUAAAUGUGAUAACGCGUGUAGAUCAGGCCCGCGACUGCGAUCGCGGCUCGUGUGAAUUAUUUUUAGAACGAAAUCUAUUUUCAUUGUAAAUUUUUUGAUAUUAGAAAUCAAAUUAUGUAUAUGUUAGAUAGAUUAACGUAAAGUAUUCUCGAUAAAAGGGCGCGUCCUUUCCAUGCCUUGGCGUUCCUCUGCGCGCCCGGUGGUCCCUGUCCCGUCUAUGGAUAGUCUGUGUCUCGUAAUAAAAUGUUACAAUUAAUAAAAUAACUUCGUCAUUGUAUAGCAGAAACUACAGAGUGAGACGUCGGGAGAAACGUACGCUUAAUAGAAAUCGAUGACCUCCAGUCGUCAUUACUUAUCAAUAAAAGUUUUUAUCGAUGUUA